AUGUUCGGUCCCAUACUGAUGCUGGCCCUGCUGCUUCCUGGCAAAGCUCUCGCCAGGUGGUACCGACUGCAGGGUCAUCACAAUUACGGCUACCACCUUUUAUCCCCGCCGCUGCCACCAGUGUCGAGCAGCGAGUCGACAGUCAUAGCCACGAGUAUCACGUCCAUCACCUCAAGUGUAGAGACAUCUUCCCUUAAUCCAACCAGUUCAACCAGUUUGACAAUCUCCAAUGAGCAAACAACCACCACGGCAAGUUCGGUCACUCUGACGAGCGCCGUUUCAACAACAAGCGCGACUAUUGUUCCUGUAGCAGAGCCAACUUUUUAUAUCCGAGAUGCAUCACAGCAGCACCAACUCAACAUACUUGACGAUUCACAUCUUGGUAUUAUCUACUAUGAAGAUGUCCCCGGACCGGGGGGGAACCUAACUCUGUACACUCUGGAUAAACAACACCGACUGAAAUAUGUGAGCCCAGGUUUUGAAGAGACUGGUUGGGUCGGAGUCACCACUCGCGGCGAAACCGACUUUACGUUUCUUGAUCCCUACAGCGGCGAUAUUGGUCCCAUCUUCACAGCAUGCCAGUGUCUCAUCAAUCCUCCCACGGCGCACUUGAGCUGCAAGUGUCCAGAGGGCUUCAUAGACAGCACCUUUAUCCCGGGCAGUCAACCCACCGUCUACGCUCCCUGGCAGGCAUUUCCCGUCGAUGGCAGCUCAACAGUUGCGAGCGCCAGCCUACCUCGUCCGACGUUUGUGAUUCGCGACGCCACACAAGCGCACGAACUAUCGCUGUUUUAUGACAAUCCCCUGGAUUCACCCGACCUCCCUGCUGGUAACCCAUAUGUCGGGGUUCGAGGCCGCCAGCCCCUCGGGCCCGACAGUGCGCUAUUUACCCUGAACGAGCAAGGUGAUAUUAUCUUUGCAACCCCGGGCUCACCAUUAUACGGCCAGUACGCCUACCUCGAUGGGGCAUACGUUACGUUUUUCGAUCGCAACAGUCCGCAAGCCAGCAGUAGCAGCGAAUGCAUAGCCACCAUCGCUCCUCUUUCUUGGGAGUUGACUUCGAGCUGCACUAUUGGGGGUUCACCGCAGGGUUGCUGGCCGUGGGAGCUGUGCACGAACUGGUAUGUGUAUCUGGUCGAUCCUAGCGAUGUUUCUGUGAUUGGAGGAGCUUGA